AUGGAUGUUGACAAAGUCGCUUUUACUGGGUCCACUUUGGUCGGACGUCAGAUCAUGAAAGCAGCGGCCGAUAGCAACUUGAAGAAAGUGACCUUGGAACUAGGUGGCAAGUCACCGAACAUCAUUCUACCAGAUGCAAACCUAGAGGAUGCAGUCGAAUGGGUCAAUCUAGGCAUUUUCUUCAAUCAUGGACAGUGCUGCUGUGCAGGCUCUCGUAUUAUUGUUCACGAAGCUGUCUAUGAGCGAUUCCUAGAACUUUUCAAGAAGCGAGCAGAGCAAAAUAAGGUCGGAGACCCAUUCCACGCCGAGACCUUCCAGGGACCACAGGUAUCCCAACUCCAAUACGACCGGAUUAUGGGCUUUAUUGAGGGUGCAAAGGGUGCAGGCGCCACGGUGGUCACGGGUGGCGAUCGUCAUGGUAGCCAAGGAUACUAUAUCCAACCGACGAUCUUUGCGGAUGUCCACGAGGACAUGACGAUUGUGAAAGACGAAAUCUUUGGACCGGUGUGCACAGUGCAGAAGGUCCACAGCGAAGAAGAGGCUAUUCGGGCUGCUAAUGAUACAAACUACGGCUUGGCCGCCGCUGUCCACACUAUGAAUAUCAACACUGCCAUCAGAGUGUCCAACGUCCUCAAAGCGGGAACGGUGUGGGUUAACAACUAUAACACUCUUCACUACCAGAUGCCCUUUGGUGGUUUCAAAGAAUCGGGAAUAGGCCGAGAGCUUGGAUCUUACGCCCUGGAGAACUACACCGAAGUGAAGACAGUCCGCGUGCACCUUGGUCAAUCAUAG